AUGAACGCCAUCAAGAAGCGGCUGCAGACGCUAAAGCUCGAGAAGGAUCUCGCGAUGGACAGGGCCGAUCUUUGCGAUCAGCAGGUGAAGGAGGCGAAUCGCCGUGAGGAGAAGCUGAGGGACGAAGUGCGCGAUUUGGCGAAAAAACUGGUACAAAUGGAACACGAUCUGGAAGUGAGCAAGGCCCAGCUGAUCAAAUCGAACAGGAGCCUUGAGACGAAGGAAAGAGUCUACAUCGUGACGCAGUCGGAACUGGCGGUGCUGAACCGAAAAAUGCAGCAGUCCAUGCAGAACCUGGAGAAGUCCGAGGAGCGACGUUUGUCGGCCCAAGCGAAGCUCGCGCAGGCCAUGGAAACCGCGGAAGACGCGAAGCGCAUCUGCAAAGUCCUGAAGAACAGGAGCAAGCAGGACGAGGAGCGGAUGGACCAAUUGACGGCGCAGUUGAAAGAAGCGAGGCUCAUCGCCGAGGACGCUGACACCAAGUCGGAUGAGAUAUCGAGAAAAUUGGCGUUCGUCGAGGACGAGCUCGAGGCGGCGGAAGAAAGGGUUAAAUCGAGCGAGGCGAAAAUUGUCGAACGGGAAGACGAGCUAUUUAUCGUUGGGAACAUCUUAAAGUCUUUGGAGGUAUCAGAGGAAAAGGCUAAUCAGAGGGUGGAGGAGUUCAAAACGCAACUGAAGGAACUGAAGGUGAAACUGAAAGCCGCCGAGAAACGUGCCGUAUUCGCCGAGAAAACUGUCAAAGUAUUCGCCAAGGAAUUGGACAAGAGAGAAGAUUACCUAUUGAAGGAGAAGGAGAAGUACAAGUAUAUCUGCGACGACCUAGACUCCACGUUUUCGGAACUUACGGGUUACUGA